CUCCAAACCAAGACAUAAACAGAUUCUAAAUGUGACCUCACCAUUUCUGAUGAAGGCUCUAGGCCCAAAACGUCUAAGAAGCUGUUUGGUCUGCUGUGUUCAUCCAGCUCCACACCUUAUUAUCUCUCAGGACAGCGACUUCAAAGAAUUCAGGGAUUUGCAUAUGCAUAUUAACCAAUUAAAGCCUUCCAACUGAUUGAAGAUUUAGCAGCAUCUCAGAGAGAGUGGGUAUCAUUUGUAAAUGGAAACUGAAUGCAUUUAUUGGAAAGAGAAACUGUUGGCAUUUUUCAACAAAGAACGACAUAAGCUCCACAUAUCACCCUUUGUUGUUUGUCUCAGUCCUAGAGGAGCAAACUGUGUUUGGUCCUUAAUGUGAUAAACUCCUUGCCAGUACCAAGAAGAAUGGGCCAGGAAAGAGGAAAAUAUGACUUUUAUGUUGGCUUGGCAUUAGCUAUUAGCUCCAGCAUAUUUAUUGGAGGGAGUUUCAUCUUGAAAAAGAAAGGUCUCCUUCGGCUGGCCAAAAAGGGGUCAAUGCGAGCAGGUCAGGGAGGGCAUGCAUAUCUCAAAGAGUGGCUAUGGUGGGCUGGACUGUUGUCAAUGGGUGCUGGAGAAGCUGCUAACUUUGCUGCAUAUGCCUUUGCUCCAGCGACUCUAGUGACUCCAUUGGGAGCUCUUAGUGUUCUCGUAAGUGCUGUCCUGUCAUCUUACUUUCUGAAUGAGAGACUUAACCUCCACGGCAAGCUUGGUUGUUUUCUAAGUAUCAUUGGCUCUACUGUUAUGGUAAUACAUGCUCCACAGGAGGAAGAGGUGGAAACUAUUCAUGAGAUGGCCGUUAAACUUAAAGAUCCAGGUUUUGUGGUGUUUGCAACUUUUAUCAUCACUGUUUCUCUAAUCCUUAUUUUUGUUGUUGGACCUCGUCAUGGGCAGACCAAUAUCCUGGUUUACGUAACCAUCUGUUCUGUAAUCGGCGCACUCUCAGUCUCCUGUGUGAAGGGCCUCGGUAUUGCUAUUAAGGAACUGUUUGGUGGGAAACCUGUACUUACUUACUCUUUGUCAUGGAUCCUUUUGCUGAGCCUCAUAGCUUGCGUAAGCACUCAAAUUAACUACCUGAACAAGGCACUGGAUAUUUUCAACACUUCCUUGGUGACGCCUAUUUAUUAUGUAUUCUUCACUACGUCUGUUUUGACAUGUUCUGCUAUUCUUUUUAAAGAAUGGUAUCAUAUGGACACUGAUGAUAUCAUUGGCACAUUGAGUGGCUUCUUCACUAUUAUAGUUGGCAUCUUUUUGUUGCAUGCCUUUAAAGACAUCAAUUUAACAUUGGCAACUUUGCCCGUGUUCAUGAGAAAGGAGGAGAAGGGAUUCACGGUGAAUGGGAGUGUACAUUAUGAGCGAUUAGAACACAAUGUGGAAAAUGAAAGCUGUACCGAGAGUUCGGACAUACACUCCUCAGAUAUGGUUUCCUCCAGAAGAAAUGGAAAUAUGAUCACCAAGUGAGAAUUGGAAAACACAAUGUUAACAGAUAAAGGAAAAGCACUGCCCUGUCUAUAGUAACUCUGCUGUCAUAGUUACCAGAAUUGAGCUGCUUUGUAAAAGGUCAUCUGUGUUGGUGACUUCACUUAUUGUAAAGGAGUGUCUCUAGGGACAAUCAUUUUUCCAUCAAUGUGAUUGGGAUGGACCGAGGGUUAUUAAAUUGCAUUUUUAUUUGCCUUAUUUUUCAUGGUUCUUUUUUUUAAACAUAUUUUAAAUGAUGCAUUGUGGCUUACAUGGUUUAAGUAACUACAAGAGGGGAAAAUCACCAUGUAACAAUGUACAUAAAUCCAUAUUUAAAAUAUUUUUUGAAAACUAUUGUACUUUAUGCACUGAGGGUUUUAAUUUAAAAUGUUUGAAAUAAAAUUCUUUUGGAUUUGCCUUUUCUUAAUAUAUCUACAAUAUAUUGGAGAGAGAAAGCAAAAAGCAACUUCAGAUUUCAGGUCAGGGUUCCACAAAUGGAAAUUAUGUACAAGAACAGACUGAUGUUGCUUGUGUUUAAAAUAAGCCUUUGCUUGGAGUUGUCAUUUUUUAAAAUCUAAGCAUUAUGGUAAUAAAGUUAAAGUCAGUGUAGCAAAGUUUAAGUAGUUG